AAGCAGUCCAACCGUCCAAGCAGCCUGCCUCACUCGCUAGAACCAAGAACUUCAUCUCCCUUGAGGAAAAAAACAACAAAGAAAGAAGUUGACGCCAUGGAAGCUGCCAAUGGUUUCUCCAACGGCGGAAGCACCCAAGGAAAGCCCAUCAAAUGCAAAGCGGCCGUGGCGUGGGGUCCCGGCGAGCCGCUGGUGAUGGAGGAGGUGGAGGUGGCGCCGCCGGCGCCCAUGGAGGUGCGCGUCAAGGUGCUCUUCACCUCCAUCUGCCACACCGAUCUCAGCUUCUGGAAGGGAGAGAACGAGCGUCAACGCAAGUUUCCUCGCAUCCUGGGGCACGAGGCAGCCGGAGUGAUUGAGAGUGUGGGCGAAGGAGUGAAGGACCUUGCACCUGGAGAUCACGUGGUCCCCAUCUUCACAGGUGAGUGCGGGACAUGCGCCUAUUGUGAGUCCAGCAAGACCAACCUGUGUGGGACCUAUCGCGUCAACCCUUUCAAGAGCACCAUGGUCUCCGACAACGGCACAAGGUUCUCCGUGGUAGACCGGUCGAGCGGCGCACCUCAACCCGUGUACCACUUCCUCAACACCUCCACGUUCGCCGAGUACACGGUGCUCGACUCUGCCUGCGCUGUCAAGAUCAACCCCCAGGCUCCUCUUGAGAAAAUGUGUCUUCUCAGCUGCGGCAUCUCCACGGGAGUGGGAGCCGCAUGGAACACUGCAAACGUGUCCAAGGAAUCCACCGUGGCUGUAUUCGGGCUUGGAGCCGUUGGUCUCGCGGUUGCUGAAGGCGCAAGGAUCAGAGGGGCAGCUCGCAUCAUCGGCGUGGACAUUAACCCUGACAAGUUCACCAAAGGCAAGGAGAUGGGCGUCACCGAUUUCAUCGAGUCCAAGGCGUGUGGGAAGCCCGUCCACGAGCUUAUCAGGGACAUGACGGGUGGGGGCGUCGACUGCAGCUUCGAGUGCACCGGCAUCGUUGACGUGCUCCGGGAGGCCUUUCUCUCCACACAUGACGGCUGGGGCCUGACCGUGGCGCUGGGGAUCCAUCCGACGCCCAGGAUGCUGCCGCUGCACCCGAUGGAGCUCUUCGACGGCCGUCGGAUCACCGGCUGCGUCUUCGGCGACUUCAAGGGCAAGUCGCAGCUCCCCCUCCUCGUCGACCAGUGCAUCAACGGGGAGGUGAAGAUAAACUUCGACGGGUUCAUAACCCACGAGAUGCCAUUCUCGGAGAUCAACGAGGCUUUCCGGCUGCUGGAGGAGGGCAAGUCUCUCCGGUGUGUGCUCCGUCUGUGAUGUGAAAAAAAAUGGGACGGGAAAAAAUAAGCGUUAAUUUCUAAUACCGUGCUGUAAGUUUGCUACCUUGUGGGCAUGCUAUAUACUCUACGACCAGGCCCGAGUCGUAGAGUAUAUAGCAGAAUUAUUGGCUUCCCCUCAAAGAAGAAAAAAAUUCUCAGAAUUAUUGGCUUCCCCUCAAAGGAAAAAUAAAUAUCUCA